CGGCUGCAGUUACCCGGCGGUCGGUUAGUGUUAGGGAAGUUAACUAGGACUUAAACUACUUAUAAUAGGUUUAAACCGAUUUUUUGUUGUUGUUUAGCUGUGACUCAGCAGGAGAAAGCGUGCAGGUUCUGGGUUUGCAAAUUAGCGUUUGACUUGUUGAAUAACGGAGCAAUUAUUAGACUUUAAGCCGCAGCUCUGAGUGCCUGAGGUAAACUUAACGGAAAUAAAAAUGUCUGCAGCUGAAGGACCUCUGAAGGCUUUGUUCGAGAACAAGACCUUGAGCAAGCCGAAAAAAGAUGAGAAGCGCCUCUCCGUGGAGCGCAUCUACCAGAAGAAGACGCAGCUGGAGCACAUCCUGCUCCGGCCGGACACCUACAUUGGCUCAGUGGAACCAGUCACUCAGCAAAUGUGGGUGUUUGAUGAAGUUGUCGGGAUGAACUGCAGGGACGUCACUUUUGUCCCCGGCCUCUACAAGAUCUUUGAUGAAAUCCUGGUCAAUGCUGCAGAUAACAAACAGCGGGACAGCAGCAUGAACUGCAUCAAGAUCACCGUUGACUCCGAGAACAACAUCAUCAGCGUCUGGAACAACGGGAAGGGCAUCCCUGUGGUGGAGCACAAAGUGGAGAAGGUUUACGUGCCAGCGCUCAUCUUCGGCCAGCUGCUCACCUCCAGCAACUAUGACGACGACCAGAAAAAGGUCACGGGUGGCCGUAAUGGAUACGGCGCCAAGCUAUGCAACAUCUUCAGCACCAAGUUCACCGUGGAGACGGCGUGCAGGGAGUCCAAGCAGUGCUUCAAGCAGACGUGGUACGACAACAUGGGCCGUGCAGGCGAGGCCAAAAUCAAGCCGUUCAGUGGAGACGACUACACGUGCAUCUCCUUCCAGCCUGAUUUGGCCAAAUUCAAGAUGCAGUCUCUGGACCGCGACACGGUGGCGCUGCUGACGAGGCGAGCGUACGACAUCGCCGGCUCCAGUAAAGGAGUCAAAGUGUACCUGAACGGUACCAAGCUGCCUGUGAGCGGGUUCCGCAGCUACGUGGACCUGUACGUGAAGGACAGGACGGACGAGACGGGGUCUCCCCUCACCGUAGUGCACGAAGUGGUGAACCCGCGCUGGGAGGUCUGUCUUACCAUGAGCGAGAAGGGCUUUCAGCAAGUCAGCUUCGUCAACAGCAUCGCCACCACCAAGGGUGGCAGACACACAGAUUACGUGGCCGACCAGAUCGUGUCCAAGAUGAUUGAGGUGGUGAAGAAGAAGAACAAAGGCGGAGUGGCAGUCAAGCCCUUCCAGGUGAAGAACCACGUGUGGCUGUUUGUGAACUGCUUGAUUGAGAACCCCAGCUUCGACUCACAGACCAAAGAGAACAUGACGCUGCAACAGAAGAACUUCGGCUCCACCUGUACACUCAGCGAGAAGUUCAUCAAGCAGGCGAACGGCUGUGGCAUCGUGGAGAGUGUGAUGAACUGGGUUAAGUUUAAGGCUCAGACGCAGCUCAACAAGAAGUGCUCGGCUGUCAAACACACCAAGAUCAAGGGUGUGCCCAAGUUGGACGACGCCAACGACGCAGGAGGUAAGAACUCGUCCGGCUGCACUCUGAUCCUCACCGAGGGAGACUCGGCCAAGACCCUGGCCGUGUCUGGACUCGGCGUGGUGGGCCGUGAUCGCUACGGCGUCUUCCCCCUGCGUGGAAAAAUGCUCAACGUUCGGGAAGCUUCACACAAACAGAUCAUGGAGAACGCAGAGAUUAAUAACAUCAUCAAGAUCCUGGGUUUGCAGUACAGGAAAAACUACAGCGACCCCGAGUCACUCAAAUCGCUGCGCUACGGCAGGCUCAUGAUCAUGACAGAUCAGGAUCAGGACGGCUCCCACAUCAAAGGCCUUCUCAUCAACUUUAUUCACCACAACUGGCCCUCCUUGCUGCGCCACAACUUCCUUGAGGAGUUCAUCACGCCCAUCAUCAAGGCAUCGAACAAGAAGCAGUCGCUUUCCUUUUAUAGCAUCCCAGAGUUCACCGAGUGGAAAGACAAGCAGAGUAACCUGAAAUCAUGGAAGAUCAAGUACUACAAAGGUUUGGGUACCAGCACAGCCCAGGAGGCUAAAGAGUAUUUCUCGGACAUGGCGAGACAUCGCAUCCCGUUUAAAUACUCAGGACCCGCCGACGACGAGGCGAUCACCCUUGCCUUUAGUAAGAAGAAAGUGGAGGAGAGAAAGGAUUGGCUCACCAGCUUCAUGGUGAACAGACGACAGCGCCGGGAGCAUAACCUCCCAGAGGAGUAUCUGUAUGGGAAGGAGACCACAUCCCUCUCAUACCACGACUUCGUCAACAAGGAGCUGGUGCUUUUCUCCAACUCGGACAACGAGCGAUCCAUCCCGUGCCUGGUGGACGGUCUGAAGCCAGGCCAGAGGAAGGUGGUAUACUGCUGUCUGAAGCGAAACGAUAAGCGUGAGGUGAAAGUGGCCCAGCUCGCCGGUUCUGUCGCAGAGAUGUCGGCCUAUCAUCACGGAGAGACCUCUUUGAUGAUGACCAUCGUGGGUCUGGCGCAGAACUUUGUGGGCAGCAACAAUCUGAACCUGCUGCAGCCCCUGGGGCAGUUUGGUACACGCCUUCACGGAGGCAAAGACUCGGCCAGCCCCAGAUACAUCUUCACUAUGCUCAGUCCUCUGACUCGUCUGCUUUUCUCUGCCAUGGAUGACAACCUGCUCAAGUACAACUAUGACGACAACAUGCGCGUGGAGCCUGAGUGGUACGUUCCCAUCAUCCCUAUUGUUCUCGCAAACGGCGCCGACGGCAUCGGCACGGGCUGGGCCAGCCGCAUCCCCAACUACGACGUGCGCGAGAUUGUCAACAACAUCCACCGCAUGCUGGACGGCCAAGAGCCUCUGCCCAUGUUGCCCAGUUAUAAGGGUUUUAAAGGGACCAUCGAGGAGCUGACGACCAACCAGUACAUGAACAGCGGUGAGGUGGCCAUCCUUGACUCCACCACCAUCGAGAUCUCAGAGUUGCCUGUAAAAACGUGGACUCAGACAUACAAAGAGAACGUGCUGGAGGUGAUGUUGAAUGGCUCUGAUAAGGUGCCCCCUCUAAUCACGGACUAUAAAGAGUACCACACGGACAGCACUGUGCGCUUCGUGGUCAAAAUGACAGAGGAGAGGCUGCGCGAGGCCGAGGCUGUUGGUCUGCACAAAGUCUUCAAGCUCCAGAACCCCCUCACCUGUAACUCCAUGGUGCUGUUUGACCACGUGGGCAGUCUGAAGAAGUACGAGACGGUGCAGGACAUCAUGAAGGACUUCUUUGAACUGCGUCUGAAGUACUACGUGCUGAGAAAGGACUGGCUGAUCGGCAUGCUGGGAGCCGAAAGCUCCAAGCUCUCCAACCAGGCACGCUUCAUUCUGGAGAAGAUCCAGGGCACGCUCGUGAUCGAGAACAAACCCAAGAAGGAACUCAUCCGCAUGCUGCAGGAGAUGGGCUACGACUCUGAUCCUGUCAAGGCCUGGAAAGAAUCUCAGGAGAAGGAUAUGGAGGAAGACGCGGGUGAUGAAGAUGAGGAAAAGGACAAGGAGGAAGAGACGUCAGGACCAGAUUAUAAUUAUCUCCUGAGCAUGCCCAUGUGGUACCUCACUAAAGAGAAGAAAGACGAGCUGUGCAAGCAAAGAGACGCAAAGAUGCACGAGUUGAAUGUAUUAAAGAGGAAGUCUCAUUCAGAUCUGUGGAAGGAGGAUCUUGCUGCCUUUACUCAGGAGCUGGAGCGUGUGGAGCAGGCAGAGCAGGCUGCACAAGGCCCAGUCACUCAGGUCAAGAUCAAAGGAGGCAGGUCUAAGGUGGUGAAGGUGAAGGACGAGACCAGGCCCACCCCUCAGGGCCGCCGCGUCAUCCCGCGUGUCACCAGUGCCAUGAAAGACCAGGCUGUCAAAAAGGGUGGAGCCAAGAAAGGCAAGAGCAAGUCUGACAGCGAGGGCAGCGUGGUGAUGAAGAUGGAGUUCGGUGAUGACGCUGAAGCAGAAGAGUCUGGAGACGUGGGACUCGCUGCUCGUCUCAACAAAAGGGUCAAGAAAGAACCCAAAGAGAAAGCUUCCAAGUCAGGCAAGCAGACCACGCUGCAGUUUAAACCUGUCAAGAAAGAGAAGAAGAAGAACCCAUGGUCAUCUGAUGAGGAGGAGGAGGAGAGUAGGGAAGACGAUUCGAACGUGUCUGAAGCUGCAGGCGACCCUGCUCCCAGAGAGAGGCUGGGCAGAAAAGCUAACGCUGGUGUUAAGUACUGCCUGUCUGACAGCGAGAAUGAAUCCGGGAAUUGGGGCAGUCUGCGUGAAAAGAAAGCUCCGGUAGUUUCUGAUGACGACGACGAAGACAUGUUUGUUCCAGAACCCAGGGCCGUAUCAGACAGUGAGCAGGACUCGCCUGCCCCGCCCCCACCAAAGAAAACCGUGAAAAAAACAAAGGAGGAGACCGCACCCAAGAGCACAUUGACCUCCGAGAGCACCACUUCCAAACCCCCUCCCAAGCCUAAAGAGAAAGCGGUGAAGAAAGCCGCGGAUGGCGCAGCGAAGAAGCCCGCGGCCAAGAAGACGACGACCGCUCUCUCCAAAAAGAAAGCAGCAGUGAUGGAUGUCAAGCAGCCUUCCAUCCUCGAGACGCUGUCCAAACCCGCACCCGCUAAAAAGAGCACGGCCACAAAACUGUUGACGUCCAGCGACUCCGAAAACUCCGCCAAGCCAGCCAAAAAAGCAGCACCACCGCGUAAGAGGAAAGUGGCGCUGAGUAGCGACGAAUCGGACAGCGACUCCGACGGAGGAAACCUCAUGGCCCGCCUCAAAGGCAAAGUUACGGCUGCAGAAAAGAAAAGUAAGAAGGACGACGAGAGCUUUUCUUUGGAUGUGCCGGCGUCCGUCGUGGCACCGCGGAGCAAAACGGCACGCAACACAAAACCAGUCACCUACGCGCUGGACUCCGACUCGGACGACGACUUUUAGCCAGUUUGCCUUCACCUUGUGGCACUAGAAAAAAAAUGUUGUACAUGUUUUAAAAACCUUAAGUCCAUUUUAUUUCCUUUUACAUGUUCAUUACUGUUUGAAAUUUCAGAAUGUCAAAUAUUCUUGAAAAGUUUGAAGUUUUGAAGAAACUAAUUUGUCUGUCUUGUAAAUAUUUUCUAUGUUUUUUGCUAAAUUGAUCCAAAAUAAACUUUAUCUUUUGACCCUU